AUGACACUAGAUCUUAUGGUGGCCAACCCUUUCGAAUAUAUCCAACUCCGAGAUGUAAGAUGCAUCCGACUUCUCGAACUAGAACCGGCGCGCGAAGAAUCAGCUCCGUUGCGAAUUACGUUGAAGAAGGCGCGCUUGGAUAGAACCUGUCUACCCAGAUAUGAAGCAGUGUCCUACGUCUGGGGCCCUCCCGAUUUCAAUCGUGCAAUCACCUGCAACCGGAAGACCUUAUGCAUCACGCCAAGCUGCGAGAGAAUCUUGCUUGGGCUCCGCCGGAAAAUCAAGCGCCGUUUGCUUUGGAUUGACUCGUUAUGUAUCAAUCAAAGCGACACCAAUGAACGCAGCCGUCAGGUCUCCAUGAUGGAUAAGAUAUACAAGUCAGCCAAUCGAGUCCUGAUCUGGCUCGAGGUUUCUGGACCGAAGAUUUCGUCCUUCUUCAAGUAUCUCGCGUAUUGCGCCCGGUACUGCGAUAGCUACGAAGGGGGUGUGCUUGUACGGGAAAUACGCACAGUUUUGCAGUUUCUGAGAAAUUUGGAAGACAAAGUUUGGCACUCCUACUCCAAUGCUCAUGAAGAUUACAUGCCAAUCGCUCAGCAAAUCUUCCGCUCUCCUUGGUUCCAGCGGGUUUGGACGUUGCAAGAGGUGAGCCUCGCGCAAGCGAAACGGGUGGUGAUGAUUUGCGAUGAUGAAGAGAUCUCAUGGCGCCACAUCCUAAGAGCUUCCGCUGGUGGCUAUCCUCUUGAUGGCGUGAUUCGUUCGGAGAUGCUGAGCGCAAUCGCAGCACAUUGUUUCUUCUGCCGCCUGAUACAAUGGGAGAGAAGUCGUGUGCGUCAACGGAUACGUUUGCUUCUUUUCGGAGAGACCCUUCGAGAUGCAAGCCUGGUGCCUGUUCAGUCGUCCUUUUUCAAUUUCAGCUCCGCCAGCAAGAUUGAUUUACGUCUAUUUCGCAAACACUUCCAGAACGUCAACAUGGUUUUGAAUCUAACAAGGCGAAAACACUGUUAUGAUCCAAAGGAUAAGAUCUUUGGUGUUUGGGGUAUCCUUCGGGAACUUGGGGUCGACCUUUCUCGACCAAAUUACCAGUUGGAAUUGGAAACCGUCUACAUUAGAGCAGCUUCUGAUAUUAUUUGUCACGAUGGAAACCUCGAUAUUCUUCGCACCGUCUCCUCACCACGCCGGGCACAGACUUUGCCAUCCUGGGUCCCUGACUGGCGCACAGGAUGGGGGUUGGCUCCAAGCUUCCUAGAUCUGCUGUCACCGCCGUUUAAGCAGUCAAGAACGCGAUUUGGUCAUUCCAUCACCAGAACUCGGACUCUCAUCACCAAGGGGACCGUCCUUGAUAGAAUCAAAGAAUGUGCUUGGCCUCUGAUGAUUGACGGGCACGACCCUGAAGAACUCAUCCAACGGGAUCUGUGGGCGGCAAUUGCAAAGUCCGAUCCCGUCUACAAGAUCCUUCAGCAAUGGUUCUCCUACUCCCAGCAAUUAUCGACCUACCCCACGGGAGACAGCACGCAGAAUGCAUUCGAACGCACGAUUCAACAAAGAAUUCAAUCCCAAUAUAUCCCACUCGGAGCGGAUGAACGUUGGUUUGAUAUGGUCGCUUUUGACGCUGCACAAAUGGAGUGGAACAGCCCCAAACCGCAGAUCAACACAGCAGAGAUGGCCAAAGAUUUUGCCUACGGGAGACUGCAGCCCCUUUCGACAAGGAAAGAGCCGGAAAUCAACAAGGCCUCAGACCGCGAAGCCCAUGAGUUCCAACGCACCGUCUUCGACCAUCUGUGCGGCAAGCGUUUCUUCACCACCGAGGCAGGUUACAUGGGCGUGGCCGAGUUUUCGAUCGAACCCGACGAUGCGAUUGCUCUACUCAUCGGACAAGAUAUGCCGGUCGUGCUUCGCCGCAGAGGGGAUGCUUUUCGAUUCGUUGCGGUCGCGUACGUCGACGGGAUGGCAGAGAGUCACACGUGGCCGGAACGUGUGGAUGAUAAUGAUAUAAUCGAGAUCGUAUGA